GAAUUAAUUAAAGAAAUAAAAAUGAAGUAUGCGCAUCAUCAUUCUGGUUGAAUGACAAGAUAAGAGGAAGGCUAUCAGUCCAACAAGAAAUAAUGAUAAAAUAGAAUGAUGUCUGAAAACAAUGUUAGUUCUGGUACAAAAGUGUAUUUGCACUCAAAACCAUCAUUAACUUCGUGUCGUGUUUGUGGCGAUAAUGCCUCGGGAAUACACUAUGGGAUUACCUCUUGUGAAGGAUGCAAAGGGUUUUUUAGACGAUGUAUUGCUAAUAAAACUCUAAUUACACAAUGUCAAAAGGACGGAGUUUGUGUCAUUGAGAGGUCCACAAGAGGGCGGUGUGCAUAUUGCCGAUACCAAAAAUGUCAAGCCGUUGGGAUGUCAAUACAUUCUGUUCGUGUUGGACGAUACUCCAAGAAACAGAAACAGAAGAACUUGAAAGAAAUCGAAAGCUUAAGUACUCCAGCGCUGGUUGAAGAACGCAACCUAAAAGAUAAAGCGCAGUUUCAACUUAUACAGAUCGUAGUCUCAGCCCAUGACAAUACUUGUUUCAGAAAUGAUACAGCUGCCCAUUACAAGUUGAUGCAAUCUACUUAUAACACAACAGUUAAUAGUUUUGAGAUGGACUUUGGCUUCUUCUCAAAUAAUGAGGAAGAGCAUUUGGAAAGCAGAACCCUGUGCCAUUUCUACGGCCAGACCUGCUCAGUUAAAACAUUUCUGUCAGAUGUUCUAGCGCCCUCUGUCAUUAAUAUUGUCCAGUUUAGCAAGAACUUACCAGGGUUUUGUUCAUUGUGUCAGGAAGACCAGAUGACGCUGCUGAAGGGCGGUUUCUUUGAGAUCUGGACGAUGCGUGUAAGCGGUAAGCUGUAUGUGGAUGAUGACAACAUGUCAUUUGGAUCUCAGCAGAUAUUUUCCCGCUCACAGCUUUCCUACCUUGGUUACAAUGAUUCAUUUUGGGAGCAUGUGCACAUCUUUGUCAGCUGUUUCAAUAAAUUGAAACUGAUCAACAGUGAGAUUGCUCUGCUGACUGCUGUUGUGUUGCUGAGUCCAGAUCGAAAUGGUCUGUGCAGUGUUGAGAAGGUUGAACAGCUACAGUGCAAAUACUUGGAUUGCUUAAUGCGAGAAGUAACUCGACGUGACUGGAAGAACCGGCAGCUGUUUGCAAAGGUCCUCAUGCAGGUCACGAAUGUCAGGACACUCUCUGUGCUGUUUAAUCGGAGCACAAAGAGAUUCCGCUUGGAAUGGUCAGACAUUGAGAUACCAGCAUUAAUGGAGGAGAUACUUGACUAUGACUGUUAAAGAAACUUUAAAGUGUGAUUUUUGAGAAGUGAGAUGGGUAUAUGGUGAAUCUAUGGGACACUUUGAUCGAUGGCUCCAAAUAAGACACUGAAGGAGGUGGGGGGGGGGGGGGGGAGUGGCAACAAGUUGUAUCUGGUCAAAACCAAAAAGUAAGGAUUUGGGAGUGAAGUUUCUGUUGAACGUUAAUGGGUCAAAGCCCAAUUUUCGGAAAUUGAUUUUUAGGUUUAAGGUGGUACAAAUUGUGCUUUUUGACCACAAUUGGAUAGGCAAAAUAAUAUUCUUUAAAUUCUUGUGCAACAGGAAAAACUUAUUUCUAAUACCACAGAGAGAGCUUCAGAGAGUAGAGUAGUACUGUAGCUGCAAAAGCGAAAGAUCUGUUGCCGAUAGUUUUAAAGUUGGUUUGUGGAAUAGAUAAAAGGCAUGGUGAGAGGAUCAAAGUUAACGAGAAGGGAUAUAUUUGAGAAGGAAGUAAAGAAGGUAGGAUAGUUGUGCAAAGUUUGAGCUUUGAAAGUCAGGAGGAGAAUCUUGUAAUUUAUCCAGUUAUAGAUUUUGUGCCAAUCAAGAUUAUGUAUGAUGGUUGUGAUGUGUGAGUAUUUGUGAAAGUUAUGGUUCCUGCAGCAGUAUUUUGUAAUAGUUGAAGAUGGUUAAUGGAAUUUUUGGGAAGGCCAAAACGAGAGAAACACUAGUAGUCUAAGUGAGAUGUUAUGAAGGCAUGUAUAAUUGUAUAGUUAUGUGGACAGAUAUUUUCUAAUAAGAGCAAUAUUACAGAGGUGGAAAUUGACAGAUUUGGUUAAUUGAAUGAUGAUGUGCUUCUAGGGAUGUCCAUGAGUCCUUGUUGGCUAGAUCUUAAUCGACAUUCCAAAAACAUUUACUUUGUGUAACAUUUUAGAUUUCAAAUUCAUUGCAAUGAAGUAAGCUGAUGACAGUAAGUAGAAUGUAUGAUCCCCUCGGUCUGUCCUGGUAAUGGCGUACCUUGAAAUAGUUGUCUGUCCUGGUCAGAAUUUUUCAAAUGGGGUGUGGGGAGGACAACAUAUUCAGUCCCCCCCCCCCCAGUGCUUCCUGGUAACUUGCAGUAGUCCCUCAGUCUGUCCUAGUUAUGGCAUACCUUGCGAUAGUCCUCAAUCUGUCCUGUUUAUGCCGUACCUUGUGAUAGUCCACUUAGUCUGUCCUGAUAAUGGCGUAAGCCUACCUUGUGGUAGUCCCCUCAGUCUGUCCUGGUUAUCGUGUACCUUGUGAUAGUCUAAGGAAUGAACCUAGACGGCCUUUCAGAACCCUUCAUUUUUUAGUAAAUACAAUUAUUCAAAUCUAUAUUGUUCGCCUAAUUCUAUGUUUCAUCAUAAUAUAAAUAAAUGAGUAAAUAUUCACCAUUUUCGAAAUUGGUUGCUGCUUUAGAAUACAAUUUUCACGUUUUGUAAUUAUAGUUCACCCUCCAAUUCGAGACCACCUUUGAGACCGGAAAUUUGGGGUGGUCUUGAGGUUUUGUCUCCAAUUAGAGGGUUAGCUUUGUGUUGAAAUAUUAAAGAUUGUUGUUUGGUUCAAAAAAGUGGUCUCGAAUUAAAAUAGUCUCGGAAUUGUAGGGGUCUGGAAUUGUAGGAGUCUGAAAUUGGAGGAUGCACUGUAUACCCAACUUUCAACAGUGGAUAAUAAUGUCUGUGUAUGUAUGAGGUAAGUCUAGGAAACCCUCAAAUACUUUACACAUAAUCUACUUCUACUAGAUACUAUGGUAUAUUAUGUAUAUUAAUAUAACAUUGAAAAACGCUUAUUUGUAAUAGAACACUCAAACGUGUUGAUGGCAUUUUGCUUAAAGGCGGCCCUAAACUGCAGCAGCUCGGUAUAUCUGAGAUUUGUCAUUUGUAUUUUUUCCUAGAAUCACCCAAAUUUGGUAUUUUUCAGUAGUGAACUUUCACAAAUGUAUUAUACACAAAGAUUUUUCAUGCUGUAUUUCACUGUGGAAUUCACUAUGAUCAUUUGAUGUAUUCUUUAAAUAAAAAAUAAAUACAAUUUAUUUCUCCAAUUAACCUUGAGUGCCUUUUAGCCUUUUUUGAGAUGAAUCCUCAAAAAAAGAGAAAUAUUGUGGAAUUUAAACUGUCUCAUCAUGAGGCUUAGAGAAUGGAGUUGAUUUUGUAAGGAAAAAUCCUGUCACUAGGAUAGAAAAGAAAGUAUCCAAACUACACAACUAGUGCUCUAACUCAUUAAAACUACAAAUGGUAUAAGAAUUAAGAUACAUAUAUAUUUAACUAUACUUAAGGUGAAUUAUAUUUUUAGAGGUUGAUAAUGUCACACACUUUUAAACCAGCUUUGAUAAGAUUAGGUAGGUCAUAUUGUUAUUGUGGUUAACGUGAUGGUGUGCUUGUGCUAAAUUAACAUUAUUAGAUAGGUAUGCUGGUACUGUAUGUAGAAUUUAGAACAUUUUGUUUGUCUGAGAAUGUCAUUAAACCAGUUUGAUGGUGUUUGUAUUUAUUAUAUUUUCAUGGUUUUUCAUUUAUAAAAAAUUAGAAACAGUCUAAAAAGUAUUUAAAGAAACUGUGUUUAUGUGUAUUCUAAGUGUAUUCUAAUGUGUAUGUUGUAGAUAAAUUAUACUUUACUCAUAUUUAAUUUUCAGAGAAUGUGGUUGAAUAGUUAUUUGUAUGCAAUACUAUAAAAUAGUAUGUGCACACAUGUCAUUCAUAUUUAAAUUUAUGCUUACUAAUAUUUUAUGUAAUGAUAAUGUUCAUGUUCUUGUUGGCCUUUGCUAUUGAUUGACAUUGAUAUGACGGUAUUGGCUGUUGGUUGAUGUUAACUGACAUUCAUUGUUCUGUGAUCAUUGGUUUAAAAUAUGCUUGACUAUUUACUUGUAUUGACGUAAAUAUUUGUUCGUUUGUGGUCAUUAUGAGAUGUUGGAUAUUGGUCAAUAUUAACUGGUAUUCAUUGACGUAUGAUCAAUAUUGAUUUCAGAUAUGCCUGACCUAAAUGUACUGAUAUUUUUUUCAUUUAUGAUCAGUAAUAUUGAAUUGAUAUAUGCUUGACUAUUUACCAAUAUUGAUUGAUAUUGCUCCAUCUGUGAUCAAUAAUAUUGAUUUGAGAUAUGCUUGACUAUUUACCAAUACUGACAUAUUGAUUUAUUUGUGAUCACAUGUGACUACCUAUCUGCGGUAAAGAGGUGCUUAUGGUUGUUUCGUGUCCACAUCAUUCCAGAAUGAUAGGGGCGCGGCUGAAAUGAACUAUAGCAUCAGAUUAACAUCCAGUAAAUGACCCUUCAUUUUAAAUCUUACAAUGUGGAGAAGCAUAUUAAAAAGUAAAUUUUCAUUUUUUGGUUACUAAUGUUGGGCAUGGUAAGCCUCAUAUUUUGAUUUUUUAUUGGUAACUGAUAUUGAUUGAUUUGUGAUUGGACAUUGAAUAAACCCAUAAUUCAAUUCAAAAUAAAACCAAUAGUAACAAUAAUCUAUAAAUCUAAUCAAAGACCAAUAAUAAAGGAAAAAGUAAUCAAAUACCUCAAUCACAAUUCUUUGCUGUAGACUGGAAUUUUAACUCAUACAAUCUCCCUUUUAUUAUUCAACUCAGCAUAAAUUAUCUUGUAUCUGUUUCUAUAUUUGUAACUUACGAAAUUGUUGCAAUUUAGGUCCGCAAGAUUUUUUUUUUCAAAGUGAUGUUUAUUAUUAUAUGCAAAUUUCUUACUAUAUACCUCCCUGGCAUUUUAUGAGAAUUUAAUGUUUAGUAUAUUUUUGUAUGCCGAGUGUUGAUAUAUUUAGUGUAUUUUUGUAACAUUAAAAAUGUUAUGCCUGAUGCUAAUAU